AUGGAGAAGUUCAACCCUAAAUGGGCUAAAGACGUACCCUGUAGGAAUAUUAUCAUCUAUGGGUACUGUAAGAAACAAAAAGAAGGCUGUCCUUUUAAACAUGAUAAUGAUUCCUUAACUGAAGCUAGUACGACCGUGACUAGUAAUACAAAUACCGCUGGAUCGAGUGCUGCCGUACAUAGUGAUGUGCAAUCGCAUCCAAAUACAGUUCAAUUAAAUGGUUCAAUGAUACCAUCAUUGAUGUCCUUAAGUAGUCUUUCUAAGACUAGUAAUAAUAAUAAUAGUAAUAGUAAUAAUAAUAAUACUAGUACCUCUCCACAAUUUCCUGCAGGACAUAAAUUUAAUGCAAAGAAUUCUGAAAGUUUUACACCAAUGGGGACAGCUCCACAAUUACAACAUGAUACGAUUAAUUCGGUAGAGAGUACUACUUCACCUAAAUUGACUAUUGAUUUCACAAAAACUGCUCCAUUUACACCUAGCUUUGACGCAUAUACAUCAGAAUCAUUUACGCCUACUUCGACUAGAGGUAAUCCGAUGGAUCAAAUAGAUCCUACUUUGAUGGCUUCGUUGAAUCUAAAUAAUGUUGCUGCUGCUGCUGCCACUGCUAAUGGUGGCCCACAGCAACAGCAACAGCAACAGCACGUUGUGCCAGGAGAUGUACCUAUGCCAAAUAAUAUUCUGGGGCAAAGUAUACCGCCUCCACAACCUUUACCAAGGACUAUUCCUAUUAAUGCUAGACCUGCCAAUGGGGCACCUCUAUUUGCGCCGCCACCACCUCGAUAUCCAUCAAUAUAUCCGCCACCACAUAGUAUAUUACAAUAUCAUCUAUAUGCCCCAGAUCCACCACCACAUUUACAAUUACCUUUGAAACCAAAUGAAAGGACUCCCGAAAUGUUAUUUUUACCAAAUAAUAUUAGAGAGGAAUUAGUUAAAAAAAAUCUUGCUGCUUUACAAAAUUUCCCACCCGGCGGUGCAUUACCUGAUGUUGUUCAGGAUUAUUAUGGUUUAGUUCCAUUAGAUUUUCAUCAAAAAUCUUCAGAGAAAGAUAGAUAUAAUGGUAAUAAAAAUUCUCUUUAUAAAGUAUUUUCAAAUACUGAUGGUUUUAUUUAUGUAUUGAGAAGAAUUCAUGGUAUUACAGAUAUCACUGAAUCAUCGCAAAUCUCUUUAACUUUCAAGAAAUGGAAUUCUUUGAAGAAUUCAAAUAUCAUACAAUUACAUGAUUGUUUUUUGACCUCUGCAUUUGGUGAUUCAUCAUUAUGUUUCGUUUAUGAUUACUAUCCAAGAGCUGUAUCUCUAUAUGAAACACAUUUUGUCAACUUUCCUUUGGUUCCGAUUACACAAGAUUGCCUAUGGGUAUAUUUGAUUCAAUUAUGUAACGCAAUUAAAGCUGUCCAUUCAAAGAAUUUGGCUGUAUAUAAUUUGGAUUGGGAAAAGAUAUUGGUUACUGGGAACCCAGGCAGAAUCAAGAUUUCGAGUUGUAACGAAAUAGAACCUUUGGUAUAUAAAGAAGAAUUCAGUAUUGAAUUGACUAAAACUAAACAACAACAGGAUUUUAUUCGUCUUGGUGAAUUGAUGUUUAAAUUAGCUUCUAAUAUUCAAAAUGAAACAGGUCAUACAGAUACUGAUGACAAAAUUGAUAAAUUGAAUGUAGAUGAUCGAUUUAAAGGAGUAUUAAGAUAUUUACUUUCAAAAGAAAUUUUAAGUAAAGAUAUUCAAGAAUUAACCACUAUGUUUGUGGAUAAAGUAUAUUUAGUAGUCGAAGCCAUGACUACCUAUGCUGAAAAGACCGAAAAUAUCCUAUCAAGAGAAUUAGAAAAUAGUAGACUAUUUAGAUUGAUGUGCAAAUUGAAUUUUAUCUUUGGUAGAGUUGAAUCACGUAUCGAUAUCAAUUGGUCAGAAUCUGGUGAUAAAUUUCCAAUUAUCCUGUUCUAUGAUUAUGUUUUCCAUCAAGUCGAUCCGCAGGGUAAAUCUAUGAUGGAUUUAACACAUGUACUGAGAUGUCUAAAUAAACUGGAUGCAGGUGUCUCUGAAAAAUUGGUACUUGCUACACCUGAUGAAAUGACAUGUAUCAUCAUCAGUUACAAAGAAUUGAAAGAAUUGAUCAGCUCUACAUUUAGAUCAUUGACACAAUGA